AUGGCAGAGCGCCUCGUCCCGCUGAAGCGCCUCCGCGCGCUUGCCUCGUCGCAGGCGGCAGGUGGCGGCGGUUCCGCCGCCGACAGACACGGCGCGGGCGGGGGGGACAGUGGCGGAGGCAAGACAGUUGUAGGGUUGAAAGACCUCGGGACUCAACUCCGAGAAUUCGUGAUUGACGCCCCAUUUCUGCCCCUCCCCCUCCCUCCCCCUUCCCCCUCCCCUUCCCCUUCUGCUCUCACCUCCUCAGGCGCGGCCCAGCGCAUGCUGGCACAGAUGGCAGCGCACAGGGGGGAGGGGAGCGACGGUGCAGAGGCAGCAACUGACGCUGGAAGAGGGGAUGCUUAUAACGGGGAUGCUCUUAGAGAGUCGGAGAUGACCGUAGGCCUGAACACCCACUCUUCCCCCCAACAGAACCGUUGUUGCCCACAGUGCUCCGUGCCCCCAUGCGUUCCACUGGCACAAGAGUUCAUGCCUCAGCAGCACCUUGCCCCCUUGUUUCACACUGCUCCUGCCCUUUCCCACCUCCAUCUUCCAUCGCCUUUCCUCAUCCCCUGCCCCCAUCCUUUUCCUCAUCCGUUCCCCCCAUCUCCUUCCUCCAUUCCCUCCCCCAUCUCAAUGCCCCAGCCCCUUUUUCCAUCCCCUCUAUUCAUCCCUUCCCCCACCCUCCUCCCAUCCCCUCCCCCAUCCCCUCCUUGGGCCCCUCCCCUCAGGCUGGGCCUGGGCGCUCGCUUUGUCUCGCACAGCCAAGCCAUGGGCGCUGGGGGCACGGGGGGAGCGGGUGGAGGAGGGGGAGGGGGAGGGGGAAGAGGAGGGGGAGGCAGAGGGGGAGGAAGGGGGGGAGGGGGAGGGUGGAGGGACGGAGUGGCACAGUCAGCUGCGCGGACUGCUGCUGCAGUGGAGGAAAGAUUGGGUGCUAGAUUGGCUGGGAGGGGGAAGUGGGGGGAAAGGGGGAGACGGGAUGAGGACAAAGGGGGAGGAGUGGGAGAUGGGGAUGGGAGUGACGAUGACGGGGAGGAGGAGAGCCGGGCUGGACGGUUUGGGAGGAGGGUCAGCACCGGCAGUAGUGUGGAGGCAGCUGUUGGGAAGAAGCGUAAGAGCAAAGGGUAG